CCCAAUUGAGUAAAGUUUUUACUUUUUUUUUGGUUAAGUAAGUUUUUAACUUUAUGUCUUGGUUUUGGUUGUUUGUUUUGUUGUUCUAUUUCCUCAACCCCCUCUGUUUGGUUUCUGAGAAAGGUGAGGAAGAGAAAAAGAAGUGAGCUUUUGAAGCUUGGGAUUUGUUUUCUUCUGGUUAAAGCGAUUUUUAGGUGACCCAGUUGAUAUAAAUGUAAUAAGAUUUGACAAAUAACAGUGGAAUGUAAAAUAAGGCCCUGUUUGGUCACAAAGAAAAAAUUGAGGAAACGUUGAAGGUGUCAAAGUUUGGAUUUGUAUUGGUAAUUUGUGGAUACAGAGCCCCAUGCAGAAGACAAAAAUGUAAUAGCAGACAGUUCUAUAGGAGGUGAAUCAGGUAUAUAUGAAGUUGAUGCUAAUCAAGAACCAUAUGAGGGUAUGCUGUUUGAAUCUGAAGAAGCUGCCAAAGCAUUUUAUGAUGAAUAUGCUAAGCGGCUAGGAUUUUUAACACGAAUUGUAUCAUCCCGAAAGUCAGAGCGUGAUGGAUCUAUCAUCUCUCGACGCCUUGCAUGUAAUAAAGAGGGAUUUAAUAUCAACAGUCAAAAGAGAGGGCAGGUCCGAAUUAGAAAGCGAGAGAGCAAAAGGGAAGGUUGCAUGGCAAUGUUUUUGGUGAAGAGGGAGAAGCCUGGGAGAUGGGUUGUCACAAAAUUUGUGAGGGAUCAUAAUCAUGCUCUAGUUAUUUCCUCAGAAAAGAGUCGACCAACUCCAGAUGAGAAAGAUAGGAGAAUUCGAGAGCUAUCUUCUGAGCUGCAUCGUGCAAAUCAGCAUUUGGCAUCCUGUCGAGAACAGCUGCGUACAUUUAUGACAUAUGUUGAAGAACACACUGAAUGCCUAUCAAGAACGGUUGAAGAUGUAGUUCACAGGAUCAGGGAAGUUGAAUCUGAAGACCAAAAGCCUAGUCAAUACUCUUAGGAUCUGACAUUUUAUUAUAAAACCUCUAUAUAUAAUCUGUUCAUAUUAUUGCAAAAAGAACAAAAACUUGCUGUUGUUAAUAGAGGCAAGAAUCAACUAACUUCUUACAACUGUAUAACCGACUUCAUUGCAGCACGUUAACCACUGAUUUGCUAUGACUGCGCUUCUGUGCUCUAGUGUAUGUAGAUAAUUUGUAGGCUUCUACAAUAGUUUUUAGAAGAUGCAUUUUUGUAUUUUGUUUUUACCUUUACAUUUCAAUCUCUAAAUACAGAUCAAUUAAGUACUACUUAUUUACACUA